AUGGGUUAUGCGCAGCUUGUUAUUGGUCCUGCUGGUAGUGGCAAGUCUACAUAUUGCUCGAGUUUGUUCCAACACUGUGAAACUGUGCGACGAUCGAUACAUAUUGUGAACCUUGAUCCUGCUGCUGAGAAUUUUGACUAUCCUGUUGCCAUGGAUGUAAGGGAACUUAUCUCUCUGGAUGAUGUUAUGGAGGAGCUUGGAUUAGGUCCUAAUGGUGGCCUUGUAUACUGCAUGGAACACCUUGAAGAUAAUCUAAAUGAUUGGCUCGAUGAGGAGCUGGACAAUUAUUUAGAUGAUGAGUACUUGGUUUUUGACUGCCCUGGUCAGAUAGAACUUUAUUCACAUGUGCCAGUAUUCCGGAAUUUUGUUGAACAUUUGAAACGGAGAAAUUUUAAUGUCUGUGUUGUGUACUUACUUGAUUCACAGUUCAUGGUAGAUGUGACCAAAUUCAUAAGUGGAUGCAUGGCUUCCCUUUCUGCAAUGGUUCAACUUGAACUACCUCACGUCAAUAUCCUCUCAAAAAUGGACCUUGUGACAAACAAAAAGGAUCUUGAUGAUUUCUUGGAUCCAGAACCUCAAUUUUUACUGUCCGCAUUGAAUCAACAGAUGGCUCCUAAGUAUGCAAAGUUGAAUAAAGCUUUGAUUGACCUUGUGAGUAGUUAUAACAUGGUGAGUUUUGUACCACUGGACUUGAGGAAAGAUAAAAGUAUAGAAUAUGUGCUGGGUCAAAUUGACAACUGCAUUCAGUAUGGAGAAGAUGCAGAUGUGAAGGUUAGGGAUUUUGAUCAAGAGGACGAUGAUUAG